AUGCCUGCCAAAAUACACAUUUCUGCAGACGGUCAGUUUUGCGAUAAAGAUGGCAACGAGAUCCAAUUGCGUGGUGUCAAUUUGGAUCCGUCAGUUAAAAUCCCUGCAAAGCCAUUCCUAUCCACCCACGCUCCCAUAGAAAAUGACACGUUUUUCGAGGAUGCUGAUAAAGUCAGUUUCAUCAAUCACCCCUUAGUUCUUGAUGAUAUCGAACAGCAUAUCAUCAGAUUGAAAUCACUGGGUUACAAUACCAUUCGUUUACCCUUCACCUGGGAAUCUCUUGAACAUGCUGGUCCAGGACAGUACGAUUUUGACUAUAUGGAUUAUAUCGUCGAGGUACUAACCAGGAUUAACAGCGUACAACAAGGUAUGUACAUUUAUUUGGACCCUCACCAAGACGUCUGGUCUAGGUUUAGCGGUGGAUCUGGAGCACCGCUAUGGACCUUAUACUGUGCAGGGUUUCAACCUGCAAACUUCCUGGCCACCGAUGCUGCAAUCUUACAUAAUUAUUAUAUUGACCCCAAAACGGGCAGGGAAGUUGGCAAAGAUGAAGAGUCCUACCCUAAGAUGGUUUGGCCUACAAACUACUUCAAACUGGCGUGUCAAACAAUGUUUACGUUAUUCUUUGGUGGGAAACAAUAUGCUCCUAAGUGCACAAUUAAUGGAGAAAACAUACAGGAUUACUUGCAAGGAAGGUUUAAUGAUGCAAUCAUGACACUGUGCGCAAGAAUUAAAGAAAAGGCUCCUGAGUUGUUUGAGAGCAACUGCAUUAUUGGAUUAGAGUCUAUGAACGAGCCAAACUGUGGUUACAUUGGUGAAACAAAUCUCGAUGUGAUUCCGAAAGAGAGAAAUUUGAAAUUGGGCAAAACGCCAACGGCAUUUCAAAGCUUUAUGCUGGGUGAAGGUAUUGAGUGCACAAUAGAUCAAUAUAAAAGGACAUUUUUUGGAUUUUCUAAGGGAAAACCGUGCACAAUCAAUCCCAAAGGCAAAAAAGCUUGGCUGAGUGCAGAGGAAAGAGAUGCGAUAGAUGCGAAGUAUAAUUGGGAAAGGAACCCUGAAUGGAAACCAGACACUUGCAUUUGGAAACUCCAUGGUGUUUGGGAGAUUCAGAAUGGUAAACGCCCUGUUUUACUCAAACCAAAUUACUUUAGCCAACCUGAUGCAACGGUAUUUAUAAACAAUCAUUUUGUUGACUAUUACACUGGAAUUUAUAACAAGUUUAGGGAAUUCGAUCAAGAAUUGUUUAUUAUAAUCCAACCGCCGGUAAUGAAGCCACCACCCAAUUUACAAAAUUCUAAAAUAUUGGACAAUAGGACGAUUUGUGCAUGUCAUUUUUAUGAUGGUAUGACACUAAUGUAUAAGACAUGGAAUAAACGAAUUGGCAUAGACACCUAUGGACUAGUAAACAAAAAAUACUCAAAUCCUGCCUUUGCUGUAGUGCUUGGCGAAAACAAUAUACGGAAAUGCAUUAGGAAGCAAUUAUCAGAAAUGCAAAAGGACGCUAAAUCCAUGCUUGGAAAAAAAGUACCUGUAUUCUUCACCGAAAUUGGUAUUCCAUUUGACAUGGACGACAAGAAAGCAUAUAUUACAAAUGACUAUUCUUCACAGACCGCUGCAUUGGAUGCUCUUGGAUUUGCAUUAGAAGGAAGUAAUCUUUCGUACACCUUAUGGUGUUAUUGCAGUAUUAAUUCACAUAUAUGGGGUGACAAUUGGAACAAUGAAGAUUUUUCGAUUUGGUCCCCGGAUGACAAACCACUCUAUCACGAUACCCGAGCAAAAACUCCUACUCCUGAGCCAUCUCCAGCCUCUACUGUGGCUUCGGUAUCCACUUCUACAUCUAAAUCGGGUUCUUCACAACCACCAAGUUUCAUAAAACCAGAUAAUCAUUUAGAUUUGGAUAGUCCCUCGUGCACUUUAAAGAGCGACUUGUCAGGGUUCAGAGCUCUUGAUGCUAUAAUGAGACCAUUCCCCAUACAAAUUCACGGAAGAUUUGAGUUUGCUGAGUUUAACUUAUGUAAUAAAUCCUACCUUUUGAAAUUAGUUGGUAAAACGACACCUGAACAGAUAACUGUCCCUACAUAUAUUUUUAUACCACGGCACCAUUUUACACCAAGCCGGUUGUCAAUUCGUUCAUCAUCAGGUCAUUAUACCUAUAACACUGACUACCAGGUUCUUGAAUGGUUUCACGAGCCUGGCCAUCAGUUCAUUGAAAUUUGCGCAAAAUCGAAGUCAAGGCCCAACACCCCUGGAAGUGACACUUCGAAUGACUUACCAGCGGAAUGCGUUAUCAGCUAA